GUAGGUGUAGAUGAGAAGCUGUCUUUACGACGGGUAGCCGUGGUAGAAGAUUUCUUUGACAUUAUCUAUUCCAUGCAUGUUGAAACUGGGCCUAAUGGAGAACAAAUCAGAAAACAUGCUGGACAAAAGAGAACGUAUAAAGCAAUUUCAGAGACCUAUGCCUUCCUACCGAGAGAAGCGGUGACACGAUUUCUAAUGAGCUGCUCAGAGUGCCAGAAAAGAAUGCAUUUAAACCCAGAUGGAGCGGAUCAUAAAGAUAAUGGGAAACCUCCAACUUUGGUGACGAGUAUGAUUGAUUACAACAUGCCAAUUACUAUGGCCUAUAUGAAACACAUGAAGCUGCAGCUAUUAAAUUCACAGCAAGACGAGGAUGAAAGCUCUAUAGAAAGUGAUGAGUUUGAUAUGAGUGACUCGACUAGGAUGUCAGCUGUGAACUCCGACCUCAGCUCAAAUCUAGAAGAGAGAAUGCAAAGUCCUCAGAACCUCCAGGGCCAGCAGGAUGAUGAUUCAGCCGCAGAGAGUUUUAAUGGCAAUGAGACCGUGGGACACAGUUCCAAUGCUUCAGGGGGAACACACUGCAGGGAGAUGGCAGAAACCAACAGUAAUGGCAAAACAAAUCUGGAGCAGGAUGAGCAGCCUCUGAACCUGAGUGACAGUCCCCUUUCUGCUCAGCUGACUUCAGAAUACAGACUAGAUGAUCACAGCAGUAAUGGAAAGAACAAAUACAAGACUCUCCUAAUUUCUGAUCUCAAGAUGGAACGGGAGGCAAGAGAAAAUGGAAGCAAGUCCCCUGCACAUAGCUAUUCAAGCUAUGACUCUGGCAAGAAUGAGAGUGUAGGAAGAGGUGCUGAAGAUCUGUCUCUGAAUCGAGGAGAUGAGGAUGAGGAUGAUCAUGAUGAGCAGGAAGAUCCUGAGAAGGUUAAUGAAUCAGAUGGGGUAGAAGCUGAGCGACUGAAAGCUUUUAAUAUGUUUGUCAGGCUGUUUGUAGAUGAAAACUUGGACCGAAUGGUCCCAAUCUCUAAGCAGCCCAAAGAAAAGAUCCAGGCUAUCAUUGACUCAUGCAGGCGACAAUUCCCUGAGUAUCAAGAGCGUGCCAGAAAACGCAUACGUACUUACCUCAAGUCCUGCAGGCGGAUGAAAAGAAGUGGUUUUGAGAUGUCACGACCUAUUCCCUCACACCUUACUUCAGCAGUUGCAGAGAGUAUCCUGGCUUCCGCCUGUGAGAGUGAAAGCAGAAAUGCUGCAAAAAGGAUGCGCUUGGAUAGACAGCAGGAUGAGGCUGCUCCAGCUGACAAACAGUACAAACAGGAGCCAGCCCAGGUCACUUACUCAACUUCAGCUGUUUCCAGCACACAGGAGGUGUUGUACAUCAAUGGAAAUGGGACCUACAGUUACCAUAGUUACAGAGGGCUCGGAGGUGGGCUGCUAAAUCUCAACGAUGCUUCUAGCAGUGGUCCAACAGAUCUCAGUAUGAAGAGGCAGUUAGCAACCAGCUCUGGAUCCUCCAGUAGUUCAAGCUCCAGACCCCAGCUGAGUCCGACUGAAAUAAAUGCAGUGAGGCAGCUCGUGGCAGGGUACCGAGAAUCAGCCGCCUUUUUACUGCGUUCUGCAGAUGAACUGGAAAACCUUAUUUUGCAGCAGAACUGA